AUGGUCAGCGCUAUCCCUAUUCUCAAGGGAGUUGAACCUCGUUACAGAAGAUCCGCUAAUCCAGAAGAAAUGAUCGGAGAAUAUGGCAGUUCUGAUAACACAAAAAUGAACAUUGAUAAGAAUAUGUUUAUCAGAAAUAAUUUUGUCAGAAUAACUGAAAUCGCUGAUGUGGAUAACACGGACGAGUUUAUUCUUCUUGAAUAA